AUGGAUGAUGAACCCAGUGAAGGAGGUGAUGGAAUGUUUCCAACUGCGCUUGUAGGAGGAGGCGGUGGUAAUGGAAUUUUGCCACUCGAGUUUGGCGGUGGAGGCGGUAAUGGGAUUUUACUAUUUGCAUUUGAAGGCAGCGGUGGUGGCGGUGGUAUUUUACCACCUAAACUUGAAGGUGGUGGUGGCGGUAGUGGUAUUUUACCACCAACAUUUGGGGGUGGUGGUGGCAGUGGUAUUUUACCACCAACAUUUGGAAGUGGCGGUGGUGGUGGUAUCUUUCCACUAACAUUUGGAGGUGGUGGCGCUGGUGGAAGUACUUUACCACCAGCAUUUGGAGGAGGUGGUGGUUGUGAGGAUGGCGGCGAUUGUAGUGGAGUACUGUCCGGUAGAGAUACUGAUAAGUCAUCAGCUUUAACUUCCUUGGAAGAAGUGGAUAGUGAUGGUGCACUUUCAUUCAACCUAUUCACUAUAGAUAACAAUGUUCAAACAUUUGCAAUAAAACAUAAACAUUAUUUA